AUGGGUAUAAAGAUAUUUACUAUAAACUGGACUUAUUGGACGGGCAGUUCGGUUGGUAAGUGGAUGUUACUAUUAUAAUAUUGACUUUUUAAACGUUUCUGAAAAUUACUUUGAAGCAAAUACUUUAGAAAUAAUAUUUUUUUUAAUUCUAGCGUUGCCAAAAGCAUGUAAUUUUAAUAAAGUUUGAAUAAUAAGCUUAAAGUUGAAUAAUUAUGCAUUUUUAAUAUUACAAUACCUAUACCAUAAUCAAAAAUGAAAUUUACUAAUUUCAGCGUUGGGUCACGUCACACACACAAAGAAAAAAGGGUGGAGAAUAUUCUGGAUCUUGACUGCUUUAGCGUUUGCUGUCAUUUUUAUAAUUCAAUCAGUUCAAAUCAUAGAAGAGUAUCUACAGUUUGGCAAAAGCACCUCGAUUACGGUGAGAAAUUUUUUUCAAUUUUUUUAAUAAAAAAUAUAGAAGUGUUGUUUUAGACCUACCCAAAAUAACCUAAAACCACUGAAAAUUUAAACUAAAAAUUUUUAACUUGUAAGGCCCAAACCUACUUUUCAAGCCCUGAACACAACUCACCCCUUGUUUUAGAUCUAUUCAAGCAACACUGACAGCUUUCCGGCAGUAACAAUAUGCAACUUGAAUCCGUAUAAAAGUAGUACUAUAUCACAGGCUCCAGCUAUGGAUGAUCUGGUAAGUCAACUAACACUUUAUCAUUGAUAUAACUGAAGCUGAGUGCUACGUAUAUUAAAACUGCUGUAUAACGCACCUUCGUGUAAAAAACUCCUCUAUAACAAAACUCGCAUAUACCAAACAACUCGUAUUUUACCUUACAGCACCUUUUCAGGAAAAUGCAUAUACAACCACAGUAAAUCAAAAAAUAGCAGCAGAAAGUGCAAACUCCUCAACAUCAACAACAAAAUCAGUACAAAAACGUGAAGCCUUUCCUGACGAUGACCUUGUAGACGAACCCCUACUUUACAGAUUUAAACGAGACACUUGUGACAAUCAGACAGAGACGAGUACUGCCAAUUCAUCCAUAACAUAUACAGUCAGUAGUUGUGUGAACGACACCAGCAGCACAAACUACUAUAUAGCCUUCAUGACGUGUCCAAAUGGCCAGGUCUACAAUGUAACUGCCAGUAAUGAGUUCACAAGUAGUUACCAGAGUCAAUUCGAUACUAUUUAUAACUCAUGUGCUGAACAGUACAUGUGUGGUCCUAUUUGUAAUUCUACUUCAAACUUGUUGGGAGUUAUCACCAGUCUAGGCCAUUGUGCUGUAGGUACGGGCAAUUACCCAGUAGCUAGUGGUGAUCCAGACCCUGUGGUAGCAUUUGGGUAUACAAUAGCUGCCAUAUGUGGGUUUAGUAAUGGUGGAGCAGCUUGUACUUCCGGGUUUGAAGCUGAGAGUGAAGGUACUGGCUAUGUUACAUAUAGGACUUGUGAUAAGGGAAAUGGAAUGAGUGUCUACACGAUUCAGUUGGACAGUAAGAAUCUUUUUGAAGUUUUGUUACCUAUUUAUUAAAUUUUUUACAGUAUUAAAUAUAACCCAUAAAAGCCUAGCUCUUAGCCCUACAUUAAUAUUUUCAGCCUGUGACAACACUGGUGAUGAAACAAUCCAAUACAAGUACAAUAUCUACCCCACUGACUGUCCCAGUGCUGCCACAAACCUUACCAGUUCUUUCGAAAACGCUUACACUGAGUGGGUUUGUGCUGACAAAUGCACUGACGACUGUCCUUACACUCUCGACAGUAGUGAGUGUGGUAACUCGGAGUACUAUGAUGAGUUAUGUACCUUGGUAUCUUGUGAAAACUUUACUACUACUCAGCCAACUACUUUCGUAUCUACUACAGAGUUGACAACAAUCAUAACUACUGAAGAACCUACUACCGUAGUUACCACUGAAGAUACGACAGUAGAAACGACCACUAAAGAAGAUACUACAACAAAAGAAGAUACCACAACAGAGUUAACUACUACAGUAACUCCAAGUACUACCGAAGAAACUACGACUACGGUAACUACAACUACUGAAGAAACAACCACUACUACUACUGUUACUACGACAACCGAAGAGACUACCACUACUAAAGCUACUACAACUACUGUAACUACAACUACAGAGCCUACCACAACUGCAACCACUACUACAACAACCACUAGUACGACUACAAGUACUACAACAACACCUAGUACAAAAAAAAUUAGUACUACUACAGCAUCAACAAGUACAAUAACAUCAACGACUACGACUAAGCUGACUACUACCCCUAGUACUAUUAAAACUAGUACCAGUAUUUCAACAAAAACCACCAAAACAACAAAAUUAACUACUACUCCAACUAUUAAAACAUCUACUACAACUGUAACAACUAAAACAACUCCAAAUACAACGAAAAAAACAACUACACACUUAUCUUCAACCAGUCUUACAACAACUAAAACCACCACAUUAACAACUAAAACUACAUCAAAAGCAACUAGUACCACUACUAAACCUAUUACAAAGUCGACAACUAAAACGUCAACUAAAACAACAACAACUACAACUAAGAAGCCAAGUACUACAACUAAAACUAGUACUAAAGCUACUACAACAAGUACAGUUAGACCUACAACAACCAAGACAAGUAGUAGUACUACUUCUACCACUACUCAUACUACUAAAACAACUACCAAGGCUAGUACUAAGUCAAGUACAACAAAAAGACCGUCUACUGAUACUACUAGUACUAGUACUACGAAAACUACAACCACUACGAAGGUAACUACUACAAAGCCUACUACAACAUUGAGUACAACUAAAGCAACCACUUCAACCACAACUACUAAAACGAUUAAAACAAGUACGACUAGUACUACGAGUAGCACCACAACUAAAACAACUGUAAGAUCGACUGUUGACAUUAUUUCUACAUUACCAUCUAGCACUAAGACUAGUACUAUUACUACUACGUUACCUACAAGUAAAACAAGUACUAGUACAACAACUAGUAAAACUUUGUUGACUAGCACACCUACUAGUACAACUUCUACUACUACAAAGCAAUCAACCACUUUAGGAACCACGAGUACUAAAGCGUCUACUGUUACAACAACAGUAACUACAGCGGAAAGUGUGGUAACUACAACCAUAAGCUCGUUGGACUUGGCCAAAUUGUUUAAUAUAAAGGUAUUGACAUUAAGCAUAAAAAAAAUUUUUUUCUUCCCAAAAGGAAAAAGUGCCUAAAGUCCUGCCAGUUUAAAAGAAUUUAAAAAAAUAAAAAAUCCAAAUAUCGACUAUAAAGUAAAACUUACAGAGUAGUGACAGCCAAGUCACAAUGACAGCCAACAUGCAGGCUGGCAUGGAAAUUGUAGUUGCUGGGCUAAGCGAUGCUGAACGAAAUGCCAUUGCUUAUCAACUGCCUGAACUUAUCAGCGUUUGUACCAUCGGAGGACAACCUUGUGAUAUGGACAGGUAAGUUUUGGUCUUAUAUUCUAGUAACAGUAAAAAAAUAAUUUUUAGUAUUAUAAUAAGUUGUUCAAAUAAAUUUGUGCUUCCUCUCAAAGCAAAUUUUCGGGGUUAGGAAGCACAGAAUUAUUUGAACAGCCUAAUAACUAUAAAUAAAAAGCUCGCUCCAACAAAUGAUAAAAACUUAUAAAGUGAAGCAAGGAUAAGGUAACAAAACAAGUAUCAAAAUGCGCGUCCGGACAACUGGGCCGAUUCCAACUGGGCCGAUUUACCAACUGGGCCGAUUUGCCUUAUAGUAUGUCCGGGCUAUAUAUUUCUAGUAAUAUUGUAGUAAACUGAUCUUAAAUACCACAGUAACGUCGUAUUUACCUCAAAAUAUUUUUAUAUACCAUAGUAAACGAUGGUAUGUUGGCAAAGCAAUACUAAAUACUUGUAAAAUAUAAUAGUACCACAUAAUUUUGGUAACAUAUUACUAUGUUAAUGAAUUGUAAUGUACAUCUUUAUGAUUUUACUACGUUUGUAUACCAUGGUAAAUCAUGGUAUCUUGGUAAAAGUUGACUAAAACUUAAUAAAAUUUAAAAAGUUUCGCUAAAAUUAUUAACAUAAUACAUUUAUAAUAAUUUUUGACGUAAAUUCUAAUGAUUUUACUACGGAAUUUUAGCGAAACUUUUUGAAUUUUAUCAAGUUUUAGUCAACUUUUACCAAGAUACCAUGAUUUACCAUGGUAUACAAACGUAGUAAAAUCAUAAAGAUGUACAUUACAAUUCAUUAACAUAGUAAUAUGUUACCAAAAUUAUGUGGUACUAUUAUAUUUUACAAGUAUUUAGUAUUGCUUUGCCAACAUACCAUCGUUUACUAUGGUAUAUAAAAAUAUUUUGAGGUAAAUACGACGUUACUGUGGUAUUUAAGAUCAGUUUACUACAAUAUUACUAGAAAUAUAUAGCCCGGACAUACUAUAAGGCAAAUCGGCCCAGUUGGUAAAUCGGCCCAGUUGGAAUCGGCCUAGUUGUCCAAUUGGCCCAGUUAUCCGUGCGCCUUUUUUAUUUACUAUUAAACAUUUUUAGUGCUUUUACUUCAAAAAUUUGUUGUUUUUGUUCAUCAUGACCUAUUACAUUAUGGUAUUUAUUUCCAGAGACUUUUCCCAAGUGUUCGAUGUCGACUUCGGAUAUUGUUAUACCUUCAACUACAUUGAGCCCUCUGGCUUCUACAAUAUCUCUCAAGUUGGCGCUGAUUCGGGUCUUCGAAUAAUUGUGAUGGUGGAUGAGGAUGAAUACUUGGCAUCAACAGAAUAUCAAGGAGCAAAGAUCGACAUUCAUCCUCAAGAUACCUUCCCAUUUCCAAACCAAGAAGGAUACUUUGCUGCUCCUGGACAGGGAGUGAAUUAUGUUAUUCAGAGGGUGGGCUGAAUAAAAUUUUUGUUGAAAUUUAUUAAAAAACAAAUAAAAAAAAUUGAAAUUUUGAUUUUAAAAUUUGUUUGAGAUUUUGAUAAGUUUGAUAUUUCCAGAGCUACUACUCUCGCCUGACCCACCCAUAUGGUGAAUGUGAUACAGUAGACACUAUUAAAGCUAGAGGACAAUCGUUCUUGUACAAUGGUACUUAUAGUACUGAAGGAUGCUUGAGGUCUUGUUUUCAAGAGAAAGUUGUAGCAUCUUGUGAUUGCUACGAUGCCAGGUUUCCUCAGAUUAACGACACUGAUGUCUGUACUCCACUGAAUGCUACGAAAUGUAAUUUUCAAUAAUUUUAAUGUUUUAUACGUAUUAACCUUCAUUUUUAUAGUUUACUAUUCAAUAUAAUACUGAUUUUUAAAACUAAUAGUUGUUGUAUGGUGGUAUUAGGUAGUCCAGGAAUUAAUGAUCACUUUUGAUGGCUUAACUUUAAAAAACUCUUAGAAAUAAAGUUACAGCUUUAAAAUAUGUUUUCAGAUCAAUGUUACACUGAUUACAUAGCUGAAAAUGGUGAUUACAACUUUGUGACUUGUGACUGUUACGAUCCGUGUGAAAACAAUGCCUAUUCGGCUGAUUUAUCUCAAUUUAAUUGGCCUUAUGCCAACUUCUUCUACGAUGCUGAAUGUGGCAACUUCUCAACUCAUAAGGAAUGUCGGGAUUAUUAUAAGUAAAUAUCUUUCUUCUUGUAAUAGUUAUUGUACCAUAGGUGGCAACUGAUCUAGUAGGGUCUUGAAAUCAACGCUGGGACGUUUUUUGUGUUUGGUUUCUGAAUUUAUUAAUUUUAAAGUUUAAAAACUGAUUUAAGGUAGUUCGUGACCUAACUAUAGCGAAAAACUGGGUUUAUCUGAACCAAAGACUAAUGCUUUUAAUUGUCAUUUAUUUGCAGAAACAACACUAUUAUGAUUCAAGUCUACUACACAAAAUUUGGUUACGAAGGAGUUAUAGAAAGCCCUAAUGAAGACGUAAGGUCAUUCUUAGAAAAACACUUCAUAAAACUUAAAUUUUUUGUUUUUUAAACCUACUGUGGCAUUUUAAAAGUUUUUAAAUAACUAUUAAAUUUUUAUACAACUACUGUAAUAUUUUUUCAAAUUUUUACAUUUUCUCAUUAUAGUUGAUGGACGCCUUGAGUACAAUGUACGGAAACACCGGUUUAUGGAUAGGAUGGUGUAUAAUAACAAUUGGAGAAUUUAUUCUAGUAGUUCUCCAGUCAUUUACUUGGAUCUGUCGAACUAAAAACGAAAUACCCGAAGUGCCAAGUUGUCGUCGAAGGAACUACCCAGAAGACGAAGCUGAAGAAGAGCCAGAAGCUGAUGAUAACACUGAGAAUAGUAACUACUAUUUGAAUACGAAUUCGGCCGACAUGAGGAAUAUAAUUGGAUCGAAGAGGAAGGGGCUUAAGAACAGUGCUUUGAGCGGUGAGUACUGUAAUAUUGGGGUGUUUUAUGGUAUUUAUUGUCUCUCAAAUGAUAUAAAAGAUAUAUUGUGCUAUUAUACGAUGUAUAUAUCUAUUAACAGUCAGGUUAAUACUAUUUUUCGAAGUUUUUAAAAUUUAUAAGUGUGGUAUCUUAUAGAGCUUCGACAACGUCGUGCUCCAGAGCCAAAUCCUUAUAAUAGUCUGCACGACUCAUCGUAUCAUGAACCGGUUAAUGUUGUAUACCCAAGUGAUAUAACUCAUCCUACUUUUGAGUAG